ACAUCCUAAACGAAAAUUUGGUAUUAUAUUCAAGUCCUAGAAAUAUAAUACGCUGAUAGUAUUGAGCGCGGAUGAAAUGCCCGUAUUUACACGUGCUUGGGAGGUUUAGUAUCGUCCAACACGCUUUCAGAAGAAUCCAGGAAAAAAAAUCCGUCCAGCAAGUCAAGGCAUUUCGUAGGUGUUGUAUUUAAUUGACUGCAACUUGUAUUCAAUCGUCCAGAAGAACUCAGUAAAAACAAUCCGUUCAGCAAUUCAAGGCGUUUCACAGGUCUUCUGUUUAUAUCAAUCUGAUCUGCUGCCUAUACUCAGAUAUAUAUAUGUGUGUGUGAGAAUCCUUUCUAUUCCAUCAGGGUUUGGAUUUUUGUGUUAAAAUGGGCAGCGGGUUCCAGCUCAAUAUAACAGAUUUGAAGGAUCGUUUGAUUGGGUCACUUGACACUCCAUUUGCUGGAGCAGUACUUUUUGGAGUUCAUGUUGAUUGGCACAUAGUUGUGGAGGUUUUACUUGUGGCAGUAAUUGGUUUCUUACUGUUUCAGAAGAGUUAUCAACCUGAAAAGCGUCCUCUUACAGAAAGGGAAAUUGAUCAGCUGUGUGAGGAAUGGGUCCCAGAACCUCUUCAUCCGCCCAUUACAAAGGAGAUGGAAUACGAACCUCCUGUUUUGGAAAGUGCUGCGGGUCCACAUACCAUAGUAAGUGGAAAAGAAGUUAUCAAUUUAGCUUCAGCAAACUAUCUUGGACUAAUAGGGAAUGAGAAGAUAAUUGAAGCAUGUGAUGCAUCCCUUAAAAAAUAUGGUGUGGGAUCUUGUGGUCCUCGUGGCUUCUAUGGGACUAUUGAUGUUCAUCUUGAUUGUGAGGCCAGAAUUUCGAAGUUUUUGGGGACGCCAGGAUCAAUUCUCUAUUCAUAUGGUCUUUCAACUACAGCUAGUACAAUUCCAGCAUUUUGCAAGCGGGGUGAUCUAAUUAUUGCUGAUGAAGGUGUACACUGGGGAAUUCAAAAUGGGCUAUUCCUUUCAAGAAGUACUGUAAAGCAUUUCAAGCAUAAUGAUAUGGGAGCUUUAGAAGAGAUCUUAGAGGAGGUCUUCUUACAAGAUAAACGGGUCAAAAAGGUGCUGAAUCGACGCUUCAUUGUAGUUGAAUCCAUUUACCAGAAUUCAGGUCAGAUGGCACCCCUGGAUAAAAUUAUAAAAUUGAAAGAAAAGUAUAAGUUCAGGGUAUUGGUAGAUGAAAGCAAUUCAUUUGGUGUACUGGGUAAAACUGGUAGGGGUAUCACUGAACAUUAUGGAAUUCCGGUUGAAAAAGUUGAUAUUAUAACUGCUGGUAUGGGGUAUGCUUUGGCAACUACUGGAGGCUUCUGUACAGGAAGUGCAAAAGUUGUUGACCAUCAGCGUCUCAGUAGUUCUGGAUAUUGCUUCUCUGCAGCUCAGCCACCUUUUACAGCGAGUGCUGCUAUAGCAGCAAUUAAUGUUCUUGAAGAAAGUCCUGACCUUCUUGUCAGAUUGCAGAAAAAUGUAAAAAUUUUGCAAGAAGGUUUGUUACAAAUACCAGGUCUUAAAGUUUCAAGUGACCCAUUGUCACCCUUGAUCUUUCUUCAAUUGGAGCAAUCAUCUGGUUCCUUCAAGAGUGACUUGUUUAUGCUUCAGGAAAUUGCUGAUCGAAUGUUGGAGGAUGAGUCAAUAAUGUUGGCUGUAUCUAGACGAUCUUUGCUAGACAGCUGUAAACUACCAGCUGGAAUUCGUUUAACAGUUUCUGCAGCUCAUACAGAAUCUGACUUACUACAAGUUAUUCGGUCACUAAUCAAAGUAUGUGAAUCUGUACUUGCUACAAAAGAGUAACUAAAAUUCAUUUGAUUGAGUCGGUCCCCGUGUUUCUUAGAAGAGGGUACAUGUUAAUCAACUGAAACUUCAGAAUCUGCAAGUGCAAGGGUCUCUUUGACAUGUAAUUUUUUUGGAACCAUGUAUCAGUGUCACAAAUUUUGAGCUUUGUAUUACUACACAUCCCAUGACAUUCACAGUAAGUAUUGAUUGGGAAUUAAUAUUUAUUUGCAAGGAAGUUCGUAAUA